ACGACAUAUCUACGGCGUAGUAACCCUUUGGACAAUAGAAUCAAAGAUCGUAGCAUUGUUGUUCUCAUUAUAUCUUACAUCGGAUAAGUCGUGUAACUUUUCGGAGUAGUAAUAUCAUAAUGUAUUGAUUAUACAUAAAACAAUUAAGUUCGGGCCGAUUAGUGAACAACCAACCGAGUAAGUUAAUAAGGUGAAUUAUUCUAAUAACUUAAAGUGACGAUAUAGUGAGUGUGAUAUGCCAUUACAACUGAACAGUUCAACGCAUACUGAAUUUGGAAUUGCUCACACUAUGCUCAGAAGAUUGCAUAAGUGAGCUAUGAAAGGACAUCUCAGCAGAUUUAAUUCAUCAUACUAAAAUGUAUCGACCAAAGAAUAUACAUGGUAUAUUGUGUAACAGAACUUUAGUGCUUGUAAUGUUAUUACUAAAACUGUGCAGUCCCCAAGACUUAAGAGACGAUAUUGACAGUGAAACUAAAAUGGAUGUUAAAUUGAAGUUUCCUAGCAAUGUAGGAAACAGUUGCAGACUAAGUGAAAUGCUGUGUGAUACGGGUCAGUGUAUAUCUUUAGAUAAAUAUUGCAACGGAGAAGACGAUUGCGGGGAUAAAAGCGAUGAACCAAAGUCUUGUACACCUUGCAACAGGACAUAUAUCGGAGAUGUGGGACGUACAUAUGAGCUCGAGGUGCGUCGCCCCCGAGAAGAUCAUUUGCCAUUCAUAUGCUACCUAAACUUUACGGCUAAUGGUGGCAAUUACGGAGAUAUUAUUCAGUUAACGUUUGACACUUUUACCGUGGGGAAAUUUGUGUCAUUCACAUCUGACGGGUGCCCCGACGGCCACAUGACUAUUGUUGAGAGAAGCCCCUCGCCACCGACCGGCCAAUGGUGUGGCUCCGCGUGGGGCUACACAGUCUACUUCAGCGAAUCUGAUUCAAUUAAUAUGACGCUGCGGUUAGAUAGGCUCAGCCAACAGGGUGUUGGAUACAAUUUCGACUUCAAGUUGGCUUACAAGUUUCUAAGACGGAGUGAGGCGAGGCUGCGGUACGGGAAUACGACUUUGGGGGCGUGGAGGGGGGAGAAGGUAGCUGGUACUUACUGCGACCGAAUACUGAGUGAGUGCGAUGUACGGGCUUGCCGCAUCCAGUCUCCCAACUUCCCUGGCGUAUACCCUCGCAAUGCGACGUGUACUUAUCGCAUCGAACAUACAAAGAUACCCGCGGACAAACACGUAUUGUUGGCUGUCAGACAAACCAACAGUCAUAAAAUACAUAUCAAAGAUCAAAUUGUGAAGUACGAUAGAAGCCAACGUGUUCUUAAGCUGUGGGAUCAAUGUAACGUAGUCCAAGACUAUCUAACAGUAUGGGAUGGAGCGACAAGAGAUUCUCCUGUACUGGUCAGAAUUUGUGGUGGAGAUGCUGUCCCAGAUAUUAUAAGCCGAGGUCCUCACAUGCUGUUGGAGUUCCACACUUCACCGUAUGAUAAUCCGUUUCAUCCAGUCCCCUUGAGUUACUUACCAGGAUUCGAGUUGGAAGUACAGGUAUUGUACGUGGAGAAAGAUUCACAUUCGUACGUGAGCUCGGAAGGGCGGUGCCGAUUCGUGCUUCGCUCGUCAGACAAAACAAGUGGCGUGUUGAGAAAUCCACGGCAUUCACUGCCACCGAACACGUCUUGUGUUUACUAUUUCCAAGGUAAAGCCAAUGAAAUAGUAUGGGUGUCGUUUGUGAAGUAUCACGCCGCAGGAACAGAGCCGGCAGGUUUUGAUCAGCAGAAGGACUGUUCUUCUCAACUUACCAUAUGGGAUGGUGCGGCACCCGAUGCUGACCUCGACAGGAAGUUGGAGAUGACUGACAAGAGGUCUCUAUUGGGAUCGUUUUGUCGAGAAGAAUCCCCUCGACUCUGUGACCACGCUUUGCUGUCCAAUGCAACCCGAGCCACCCGACCCUGUGCACCUUUAGAGAGUUACAUCACCACGGGGCCAUCACUCACCAUCCUUCAGGAACUUCGCCAAGGUUCAGCGCUGUAUCCCGUUUCAUUUGUGCUGCGAUACGAGUUCGUAGAUGUUAGUGAACAAGGCCAACCGUUAACUGACUCCAAGUCAGCCUGCGAUCGAAUUUUCAAAUCAGCACAGACAUAUUCCGGGCGAUUUCAAGCACCAAAAGCUAUAUUUUACUAUGGCCGAGGUGGCGCACAAAAUCUUACAUGUAUAUUAAGAUUUGAGGCAAAAUUGGGUGAACGAGUUCAGCUAACUUUUACAAACACGUACUUUGGGAAUAAAUAUUGUAGUAAUCAUAAAGAUUCGCGAAGUAGCCGUUGGGUUUGCGAUAGACCUAUUAAGAGAAGUAUAGGAGGCGAGGGAUUGGCUCAGAUAAUUAUCACGGAGUACCCCUGGGAAGGAGUUCCCAUAAAAAGAGAUUGCUUAUGUUCUAACCGUUCUGAUCCAUUAAACAUACACACAUUAACAGGACCUGUGGUUGAAGUUAAUUUCACUGUUACUAUGAUGAAUAUAACAGAAGAUUAUGAUGAUUUUGCAUUUGAGGGUGAAUAUAAAUUUAUACCGACUGGUCCCGGAGAUGAGACAGUUUGCUCGACAGGUUGGGGAGAAAGGCGCUUGAGAGGCAGUAGUGGAGAAAUAAGGCUAUACGACAAAAGAGACUUAGUUAUACCCGAAAUUGUUGGUGAUCGAAAUAUAAUUUCUGAAAGUGUCAAAGCUGAAGUUGCCUGCGUUCAUAGGCCAUGGCUAAUAGAACCCGGAGGAGAUGAAGUGACACCUGUGCAGGGUCGAUAUCUGUAUAUGAAAAUUCCUGGUUUUGAAAUUACAUCGACAUCUCCAUUCUGUACAACACAAAAUCGAUUAUUUAUUUACGAAGCGUACGACACCUCCAAGUCUCGAGAAAUUUGUCCGGAUGGUACUAACUUUAUUGAACUAUACUCCCCUGGGUGGGACUCAACACAAACUUCUUUAGAGUCAACAUUGACGCCGCACGCUAGGAGUUAUGUUAUUGAUUUUCUGCAGCACGAACAAGCGAAUUAUUUGAUAAAAUGGAUAGAAAUAAUAAAAAAAUCGUCUAUUGAACAUGAUCCGGACUCGGGAAUCUUGCCUUAUUCUGUUCUUCUUGACUGUCGAUACCAUUGUCCGGAACUGAAUGCAUGCAUUCCUCUCACAUUAUGGUGCGAUGGAAGCGCUCACUGUCCAUCAGGCUACGACGAAGACGAUGCUAAUUGUUCAUUCCGUAUAUCACUUCCUUCUUCUUACGUAGCUGCCGCUGCUGGAAUCGGACUACUCAUUUGCGCUAUCGCAAUAGGCCUUUGUGCAUGCAAAAAACGAAGAAAAAAAGAUAAAGAAUUCAAGGCAAGAUUAGAUGGCUCUUUGCCAGCAGAAGAGAGGCCGUACGAUAGAGCGAAGACGAAUGGCGUACCAGAAUCAGCGCCUCAAUACGCGACUGUACAAAAGUAUGCUACUAUUGAUAAAUAUAGUUUAAGUCAAAAGUAUAGCGCUGGUAUAAAUGACGCGAGGUAUUAUGAUGAAGUAGCGCAAAGAGACAAAUUAGCAGAUACUAGGUACGCUAGUUUAGGUCGCGGAAGAAGUACACGGACAGACAAUAGAGGUUCCAGAAAAGGGAUGCCUGAUUUGGGAUAUCCAGAUUUAAAAGAUGGUAUUUGUUGACAAUCUCCUGAUCUUCUAGAGACAACUGUGUAAGUGAAUGUACAGUCUGUUUAAUAUUGAAAAGACUGAAAUGGCGUAAGUGCUUCCUUGAGUUUUGUUUCGAUUUGUGAGACAGUAGUGCACGCUUUUUUCCCAAUGUAAUAAUGUUUUGACGGUGCUGUUAUUAUUCUCAAAUAAACUUUGGUGGACUCUUAUUGCAUGAUUUCUCGUAUUCUCACUCCCAAUCUUCUUUUGGUUUAUAUAUACAUUCAUCAUUUACGAUACCUAAAAUACUAGCAAUUUUUACAAAAAUGAGUGUAAUUUUUCUAUUGUUAGGAUUAUUUUAAAUGAACACUUUAGAGAGUUAAAUGAUUUUACGCUAAAAGUAGGUCAAAUUUGACAUGAUUUGUUCUUGUUGUAGUUUCACGUGUAAAAAAAUAUAGUUUGUCUCAUCAAAUAACAUAUCUUAUUGUAAAUAAAACGCUUGACAAUACAAUAUUCAGAUACAAUAGAAUCAGUAUUAACAAAUCUAUGUGGUAAGUGUUUCCAGAGAUGAGUUUUGCUGUUGUAUAAAAUAUAUCUUGUACAAUAAUUAUUUAGACGUACAGUUCGGUUCUGCUCUGUUAAACUUGUGUAUCAUAUUAUACAGUGUGUCUCCGAAUAUGUGUAUUUCUAAUGUAUAAAGACUAAAUAAAAUACUAGUUCCUAAAGUAGAUACAAUUUAUAAAAAGCCCAAAUUAACUAUAAUUUAAAGUUUGCAUAAGUCAAAUGCUUCGGGUCAUUCUAAGAGUUAUAAAUAAAAAAAAAUUUACUUGAUUUCAAAUGCUUAACAAAAUCUGAAUAUAUGAUUUCCAACGUACUAUAUUUAAAAACACACUGUAUUAAAAUUAACACAAGGAGUUCUGCUUUCAAUACAUAAAAUGAAAUGUGAUAUAGGAUGUAAAAAUAUAUU